CCGAGAAAAAAGUCUUAAUUCCCGCAUAAAAAACGCACAACAGAGUGAUCGAGCAGAAAAGUGAGAGCAAGAAAGAUUACGAAACUGUAUUGCAACAAGAAUAUUCCCGAUAGUACCCAGCGUGGGACCACCCUUCAGUCAGUUCUCAACUCCCGCCAGCUAUAACAGCGAGAAUAAAAUGAAUGCUGGUAUGAUAGUAUUGCUUGGGUGUGUAUUUUACUCCACAGCACAACACCAAUCAAUCACAUUUCUCGCCUCUUUUAAUAACCGUAUGGUCCCACAUCUCUUGCAAGCACUUUCGUAUAACCAAAGCAAUGUAGUCUAUUCACCGUUUGGCUUGGCGACAAGUUUAGCUGUAGUUUUCGAAGGGGUUGAUGACAAAAUAGCGACUGAACUUUGCAAAAUAUUGGGCCUGAGUAGUCCAAAAGCCACAAGAGAAAAUUUACGAUUAGGGAUUAAAAUAUUAUUGGAGCACAUGCAGGCUAUACAGAGAAAGAACACAGAUGGAGUAGUUAUAUCAUUAAACUCAGCGAAGGUUCACGCUCCUGACUCAUUGUUUCAACCUUACGCACAACUCCUCAAAAAUUACUACAAGACAGAAAUGUUAGAGAAUAUAACUGCAAAUGCUACAGAACUUGUUUUGGAUUAUUUUACUGAUACAAGAGUAAUGUCACAUUGGAAGGAUUUUGACAAGCUGGCAGUCUAUACAUAUCUAACUCAUCAGCCAUCUGUACCAUUUAUGACACCUUACGGUGAUGUUGUAAAUGUGCCGAUGGUACCACAAGUCGGCCUGUUUAAAGCUGGUUAUCAUCCUAAGCUAAAUAGUCAAAUUGUUGAACUACCUCUUGAGGAUGAUGCCACUAGUCUUGUUCUGAUAAUGCCAGAUCACAAAGACGGGAUGGAAGACGUCCUUCUCAAAAUGCUGGAAGUAGAUUUAAGAACUUUGGUGAAAAGGCUGCCGACCAGCGAAGUCGAGGUGACCCUGCCACAGUUCGCCCUGGUCAAUUCAGGCUUAAAUAUAGGAAAGAUACUUAAAAAAUCAGGUCUGGGAAUUGCGUUUACGAGGGCAACAACGAAAAAUAAAAGAGGCAGUUCAAGGCGCAGAACAACAACCGGCCUUCUUAAGUCAAUAAAGCAAAACGCUUACUUUGCAACAAGCUUCACUUCGGUUAAUUCUGUUGCAUCUACUGGAAGUACCCUUUAUAGGAAAGUUAAAGGAGAGGCCAAAAAGUCUGAGACGAAAAAACCACAGCCAGCUCCCACUUUAAAUAUUGAUGCGUUGGACAUUGAGAACCUCACGAAACUACUUGAAAAACUUGAAGCGGGAAAACAAAAUGUAAAAAAUGAGCAACAGACUGAAUACAGUUUUCAAAACGAACAGACACGAAGAAAAAGAGAAACAGUGCAAUCGUACUCCUUCAACAAACCUUUUAUAUUUUUAAUUUACCACAUCAAAAGUAGUGUCAUCCUUCUAGCUGGAACUGUGACCAGGCCGACAUAAGUGCCAAAUGCUUAGUUAUAUAAAAAAAUUAGAUUAUAAAACCAAAUAUUGUUGUAAAAAGAAAUAAAACAUACA